GGGAAGCGUUACUGGUUUUUUCUGCUCCUCUUCUUCAUCCGCCUUAUCUCUCUACUCUCUUCAUCUUUCUUCCAUUUCUGUGCUCCUGUUCUGAUUGCUUUCUCUUCUUCCUUUGUAAACCGCGCCUUUUUCCUUUUUAAUCUUUUUCAGUAUCUGUGCGUAUCAGUUUCCCCCUUUACGGCAUCUACAUCCAUUGUUUUCUUCUUCCGUUUUUGUAUAUAAUACUCUGCUUACUUUUGGAGCUUUCAUCCCCAACUUCUUCUGCUACUUCAUUUUCAGCUUUUUAUUUGUCCAUUGAAAUAAGAUAACCCAAGGAAAAUAUGAAUCACUGCGCAAUUCUGUCAAACGCCUUCUCGAGCCACGAGGAGAUGAGAGACCCUGUUCCGGGUCCCAUUUCAGACCUGAGAGAUCAACUCGUUUGCCCUAAACCACGACGACUCAGCAAUCCAAAAGUCACCGUCAUCGGCCACGCCGAUAGCUCCCUCCGAUGGAAUCUAAGUCACCAAGUAGAGCAAAUUGACAUGGCCACCGGACCGGAUCUGCUGGACUUCCUCCUGACAAGGGGUGGUUGCAGCGUGGACCAGUCGUUUACGCAGUUGGCUUCGUCGCCCCCUUUUUUAUGUGGGUCUCCGCCGAGCAGAGUAGCCAAUCCAUUGAUUCAGGACGCCCGAUUUGGGGAUGAAAAAUUCAUCCCCUUAGCACCGAUUGCCUCACCGUCGGGUCAGUUGUCGCCGUCUACAGCCUCUAGGAAAGGAGGCCGUGUAAGGGCGAGUUUUGGGAACAAACCAACGGUGAGGAUUGAGGGUUUCGAUUGCCGCGACAGGGAUAGGCAAAAUUGCAGCAUCCCUGCCUUCGCGUAGAAACCCAUCUCAUUAUCAAAUCCAUAGAAUACAUGACAGAGAAAAAAAGGAUACGAUUUGCCUUUCCUUUUUGUAAAUACGUCGUAAGUGUUCUUUGUAAAUGUAAAUAAAAACAUGCCAUGUAUACCAAAGCUGUGUCUGUUAAGGCUUUUUUUCUUUUCUUUUCUUUUUCUUUUUCUUUUUGUUAAGUCGAGAGCAAACUAUGCGUGGAUGCCAACCUCAUGUACUAUAUUUUUGUAAUUAGAAGUGUCAAGGUCGAGGAACUUCCAUUGUAGUUCAUUUUUGUGAUCAUUCGAAGAUUGAAGUGAGAGAGAGAGAGAGAGGCAAUCUGUACAUAUUGCAGAACUUGAAAUGGAGUGUGUAGAAAUCAUGAAGAUGUGAAUAUUGUAGAGCUUAUUUUCUGAUUGUGAAUUGUGAAUUUGCUUAGGCAUAACGCUA